AAACUCAUCUCUUCCUUUUUUCUAUUGAAUCCCUAGUAGAAAUUUUCCCAAUCUCCUCUUCACUCUGCAAAAAAAAAAAAAUGUCUUCAGGAUGCACCUGUGGUUCUGACUGUAAAUGCGGUGAUAGCUGCUCAUGCAGCAGGAACCUUAACUUGGGAUACACUGAGAAGACCACAACAGGGACCAUCAUCUCCGGAGUUGCGACAGUGAAGAUGAACUUUGAGGGGUCCGAGAUGAGUUUGGGAGCAGAAAGUGGGUGCAAGUGUGGAACAAGCUGCGGCUGUGAUCCAUGCACCUGUGGCUGAAGCAAAAAAAUGGACAUUCCAAAGACAAAGCAGCAAAUGCCUGUAAUAACUGAGGAUUAAGGAAGGUCUAUCUAUAAUCUAUGUCUUGUGUAAUAGAUCCUGUCGUAAAUAAUACAAGCCAGGGCUUUGGCAAUUCCUUUUACAAGGAUUUUGCUGCUGCUUCAUGACUAGUUUUAUCUGUUGUUAAAUUGUAUGACGAGUCGCUGCUUUUGUCUGUAUGGAGUGAGUCUGGGUUAAAAGUGGAAGCCCUUAAAGGGGAGGUUUAAGUAUUAUUUGGAGUGAAUGAAGAAUCAAUUAUUAAUGAAUGGAUCUAGCUCCUUAAUUUCA